AUGGGACUACCUCAAAUCUCCUCCGCCGGAUUAAUCCUCGCCGGAAUCUUGUUUUUAUAUGUCGCUUUUAGUAUUUACAAAAAAUUUGGUGCUCAACGGAAGAGGCAACCACCUGAAGCACCCGGCGGUUGGCCGGUGGUUGGUCACCUCCAUCUGCUGAGUGCAACAGAGCCAAUUCAAUUAACUUUAGCCAAAAUGGCAGACGCUUAUGGCCCAAUCUUUACGUUAAGGUUGGGCAUGAAGAAGGCCUUGGUUGUAAGCAAUUGGAAAAUAGCCAGAGAGUGUUUUACUACAAACGACAAAAUCUUUGCGUCUCGACCCAAGAUUGCUGCCGGGAAGCUACUCGGCUAUGACUAUGCCCUGAUUGGGACAACCCUAUCCGGUCCACUCCGUACCCAUAUGCGGAAAAUAGCCACUCACGAACUCCUCUCGAGCCACCGCCUCGAACAGCUCAAACACAUCAGAAUUUCCGAAGUUGAGAGUUCAAUGAAGGGACUAUAUGAGUUAUGGCAUAGACGACGUAGAGACAAUGGGAGGAGCGACGACAAAGUGUUGGCGGAGAUGAAGACAUGGUUUGGAGAACUAACGUUGAAUACUAUCUUUAGGAUGGUGACCGGGGAAAGAUUUUCGAGGGCUUUCAAAGGUGAUGAUGGUGAAAAGUAUAAAAAGGCAAUGAGGGAUGUUAUUGAUUUAUUUGGAUUGUUUGUUCCGGGAGAUUGGUUUCCAUUUCUACGGUGGUUGGACAUCGGAGGACAUGAGAAGGCAAUGAUGAAGACGGCCAAGGUCUUGGACGAGAUGCUUAAGAGAUGGCUUAAAGAGCACCGGCAAAAGGGAAGUUUGAUUGAGAUGGACGUAGAAGAGUUUGACUUCAUGGAUGUGAUGCUUUCUCUUGUUAAAGAUGAUGAACAACUUUCUAGCUAUGAUGACGACGACGAUAGAAUCACCAAAGCUACUUGUUUGUCUAUGAUGUUGGGGGGAUUUGAAACUACAUCAAUAACAAUGCAAUGGGCUCUUGCAUUACUUCUCAACAAUCCAGAAGCGCUCAAGACACUCCAGUUUGAAUUAGACGAACAAGUUGGGCAAGGAAGAAAAGUGGAAGAAUCGGAUGUGAAAAAUCUACUAUAUCUCCAAGCAGUAGUGAAGGAAACAUUACGUUUAUACCCUGCAGUGCCAAUUGCAUUCCCUCAUGAAUCUAUCAAAAAUUGCAUAGUUGCUGACUACCAUGUCUCGACACAGACACGUCUACUAGUGAAUCUUCAAAAGCUUCAUAGAGAUCCACUUGUAUGGGAAGAUCCUAAUGAAUUUCGACCUGAAAGAUUUCUUAGUAGGAAAAAUCACUUCGAUGUUAGAGGACAACAUCCUCAACUAAUACCAUUUGGAAGUGGUCGAAUGAUGUGUCCUGGAAUCUCUUUUGCCCUCCAAAUUGUAAGUCUCACACUUGCCAAACUACUCCAUACGUUUGAAGUUGGUAGGCCAUCAAAUGAAUUGAUCAAUAUGGAGAUGGGCGUUGGAGUAACGUGUAUUAGAAAGAACCCUCUUGAAAUUGCUUUAAAUCCACGUCUCCCUCCUCAAGCUUAUGAAUACUUUUAUGAGAAUGUUGGGGACAGAAAAAAUGGAACUUCUUGAUUAGUAGGAAUGGCUCUUUGGUUGGAAACUAUAUAGUUGUUUUCUUAUGAAAGAGACAUUAAUCUCUAGGCAUAUAAUUAAAUUUGCAUCUUAGUAAAAUAAAUUAUAGUGGAAGUUA